AUGUCAGAUCGCGACGCGAAGCCACUAGAGUUUGGUUUUCUAACCUCGGAUCACGCGGGUGCGCCGCCACGACAACCACAACGACAACAAUAUGGAUCCUACAUGACCGGAGGCAGUACGAAUGUGCCAGACCAUUCCACCGUGAUCGCCCAAGCGGGUGUUCAAGAUCCUGCACUAAGCUAUGGAGACUUUGAUGCCCAGCAACGUGUAGCUCCGCCUUAUGCAAACUUUGGGUACAAUCCUGCUGCCGCGCUGAAUUGGGGCUGGAAUAACGCGCUCGAAUUCAACGAUUUCUCGAACCAGUAUGAGCCUCAAGGAGAACUUGUGCAAGAAUUCCAACAGCAGCCUCUUCCGUCCAAUGACUUUACCAUUCCAGUCCCAGUUUCUGCUGAAGCGACCGACUACCACCGAUUUCAGCAACUUCACAGCGCGACUUCGACGUUGACGGCCACGCCGUCGCAGAACCCGUUUACGCCGCCUCUGCCACCUCAGUUGUCACAGACGAGACCCCACGUCCAGGCCGGCGUGAAGAGGAAGGGGAACUCGGAGCCUGAUCUCUCUGCUGCACAGAAUGCGAAUCACCUCGCAGAGGGCUCAAACAAACGUCAGCAUAUAUCGCGAAACCCGUCGGACGCGUCCACAGCCUCAUCAGCUGUAGCUGCGACGCCCAAUACUCGACCUCCGCACGCGGUUCGAGGCGCGGCCACAAGCACCACCACAAGCACCAACGAGCCUACGUCGCGAUCAGUGCAGCCGGAAGAAACCCAGGCUGAAGGAAGGAAAGAACAAAGUAAAGGCACCGGUUCACGAGGAAUAACCAGCGACACCGCCGAAGCUCGGAAGGUGGCCAAUUCGGAGGGAGUGGAUGUACUUCCAGCUGGCAAAGUUUUCCCAAUUCAAAUUGGCUCAAAGCUCUUCAGAUUAUCCGGAGCCUCAUUGUCUUCGGAUGGUAAGCAUGAAACCCUCUUUUGUCAAGGUGUGAUGAUUACUGAGACUGCUAGAGCUCCGUCCUACUUCUCUCACUUCUUUGGCCAUCAAUUACAGGAGAAUGGUGGCCGCGCCGGUGAUGUGAAGACUCUGUAUAUCGACCGUGAUCCUGAUACGUUCCGUGACAUUGCACUGCAUUUACAAGGCUACCACGUCACGCCGAAGAAUGGUGAACACUUUGUGAAACUGUAUGCAGAUGCGCAAUUUUAUUCUUUGCCGCAACUGACGAAACAACUGUUCAAGACCGAUAUCUUCGUCAGCAUCGGCGGAACGCCGUUCCAAGUCCCGAGGGAUUUAUUUUCAGCACCAGGCGAUAGCCCCAACUACUUCUCUUGGGGCUUUGCUCAAUUCUUUUCAACGCCAGCAGAAGCGUUCCCAGGACUAGACCGCAGUGCUCUGCUUCGCCCACCCUCCAUCUCCCCGCCUUCAGUGCCCAAUAGGAAUGGCGAGGUAUUCAGGGAGCUGCUGCAGCUCCUUCAAGGCUAUGAUCUAGAGAUUCGAAACGAAGAACACCGUUCCCGUCUCCUAAGAGAUGCACGUUACUUUCACCUCAAAGGCCUCGAGCAACGUCUUAUCCUGCACGAGAUUUCGUAUCACCUGAAGCGCCAGCAGUCAGAGAUUCUGAUUCGCCUUGAGGAUAUUCGACAGUCAGGUAUUUCCUUUAGUACAGACGAAUCCUCUGGAAAAUCGGAACCUGAUUCCGCCCAUGGAGGCCCAACAGCAUCAGCAGCGGUAUCGCCGUUAUCGAAGCCAAAGAGCAUCACAGGACCAGGCUUUGUCACGUAUGCACGCCCUUUUACGGAUGAUGCCGCGCAAAACCACACCUUGAUUCUCGAAACAUCAGCUACGGAGUUUGCGAAGAUACAUUUUCCAUGUACCGCUCAGGAUUCAAGGCAACGCUCUGGAAUUGACCUCUGCGCUAGCUUCUACGACUCGAGUCUCGCGCGUAUGACUUCGCUGUUUACUGUGAUUGCAUCCAAACUCGGGCUGUCGGCCAAUCAACCAUUCGGUUUCGCUUAUCUGCGACCAGGCGGCGGUACCGCAUCCCAGUCGGCCAGCUCAACACGCCCUGGAAGCAGUGAGCGCCGUGUACGAGUCAGGCUUGAUACUGAGUGCGCAGUUCUGUUAGACGGCGCUCCAGUAGAGAUUGCCAUGAAUGUGGAGAGCGGGACGAUGGGCAUCCGCAAAUCUGGAGGUGCACGUCUUUCCCCUGAGUGGCUAUGGGUCGGCAGGACGAUUCACCAUAACAAUGCCAACCUGCGGACAGGCGAGGAUGCAGAAGUUGAGUGGACAGUCAAACGUGCGCAAUGGCGUGUGCGUGUCGAGCCGAUGGAAAGCGACACGGAUGGAAAUCAGGUGCAAGUUUUGUUGUGUGCAGUGAAGAUCGAAGCUUCAACCACUGAACGAACACGCAAUCAAGCGCGAGGGUUCCUAGGAGGUGGAUGA